AUGGUGACUUUCAACACAGGUGGUGUCGGCAAGAGCUGCUUGACUGCUCAAUUUGUCCACAAUGAAUGGAUAGAGAGUUACGAUCCGACUAUUGAAGACUCGUAUCGCACUCAGGUUUCGGUCGAUGGCCGACAAGUUGUACUCGAGAUCCUUGACACAGCAGGUACCGAGCAAUUUGUUGCCAUGAGAGACUUGUACAUGAAGACAGGACAGGGAUUCCUAUUGGUCUUCAGUAUAUCCUCAGCAUCGUCCUUGUCCGAGCUCGCCGGUCUUCGCGACGAGAUCAUUCGUAUCAAAGACGACGACAAUGUCCCCAUAGUGAUCUGCGGCAACAAAGCGGACCUUGAGGACCAAAGGACCGUCCCACGCACUAAGGGUUUCUCAUUAUCACAAAGAUGGGGUGCACCCUAUUAUGAGUCUAGUGCAAGGACUCGAACAAAUGUCGAUGAAGUGUUUGUAGAUCUCUGCCGGCAGAUGCUGCGAAGGGACGAUGCCGGCGAGAGCCAACAACAGGACGAGCCAGAAUUCGAUCCCUACUCAUUAUCGUACUACAAGAAGCGAAGAAAACAAAGGCGGGAGCGCGAGAAGGAUCCGCACCGACCAAAAUGUGUCAUUCUCUGA